CUCACACUCCUCAAAGACGAGGAAGAGGAGGAGGAGGAAGGGGUUCAACCCCCCCCCCCCGAAGGCUAUCCGCAGGACUUGGCCGGUGACUUGGCUUCCUUUGCGCCCCUUCUCCUUCUCUUCCUGCCUUCCUUCCUUCCUUCCUUUCUUUGCUGAGCCGCAAUCUGGUCUCUCCUGCGCGCCGGGCUCAUUUGAAUGUCAAUGGGGAGGAGGAGGAGGAGGAGGAGAGGCUGGCUUUGGAGGGGGCCGAGGCAGAAAGAGAGGCGCCUUAAAUGGAUGGCUCUCCUCUCGCCCGCGUCGGAAAGGACUCGACUCUCCGCCUAAGCCUUGGCGCUUUCCGAGAGGCGAGAUGGCCUCCUCGGCCUCUCUGGAGACGGUCCUGCCCUCGGCCUGCUCCGUCCGCAGCGCGGCCCCCUCCUCCUCCUCCUCUUCCUCCUCCUCGUCGUCGUCGUCGUCGUCCAACCCGGCCAAGACGCUGGCCUUCUCCAUCGAGAGGAUCAUGGCCAAGAGCUCGGCGGCGGCGGCGGUGGCGGCGGCGGUGGGAGCGGGAUCCGGACCCGGAGGCUCUUCCCCGCCCGCGCCCGCCUUCGAGGCGCGCCCCCGCGGCCCUUCUCCGCCUCUCCUGCCGCCCAAGAAGCUGCUCGGCCUGGGCCCUCCGCUGCCUUGCGUGGUGCCCCUCCCGGGCUACGACCCGCCACCCAACAAGGCGCUGAUGAACUACUCCGAGUUGUGGAAGAGCAGCCUCCGGAGCUGCGGCUCCUCGGCCUUGGGCGGCGGCGGCGGCGGCUUCUGCAAAGGCCUGUGCUGCAAAGACCCGCACCCGCACCACCGGCACCACCACCAUCACCACCACCUCCCGGCCCCGCUGCCCCCUCCGCGCGUCAUUAAGCCUCAAGUCAUCCACCAGAGCCUCUCCGCGCCCGCCAACGGCUCCAGCCUCUACUACUUCAACUACUUGGAGGCCUCUUCCUACCCGCCCUCGGAGCUGCUCUUCACCUCGGGGCUGCUCCAUCCCCAAAGUGCCGCCGCCGCAGCAGCCGCAGCCGCCGCCGCCGCGCUUUCCGCGCACCAGAAACUCUUCCUGCUGGAAAAUGCCAAACUGGCCGCCUUGGGCCCGCCGCCCCCGCCCCCGCCUCCGCCGCCUCCGCCGCCUCCUCCGCCGGAAAAGUACCCCAGCGCCCAUUAUCCCCACAAAGAGCGCCUCCCGGGCCAGCUGGACCAAGUCAUGAAGGAGAACCUGGGCGGAGGAGAGAGGCACGGGCUCAAGGGGCACCAGGGAAAGCUCGGGGGGCUCGGGGGCGCCCUCGGAGGAGGAGCAGGAGCAGCAGCAGGAGGAGGAGGAGGAGGCACGCCCGACGGGAAGCCCAAGAACUUCACCUGCGAAGUCUGCGGGAAGGUCUUCAACGCGCAUUACAACCUCACCCGGCACAUGCCUGUCCACACGGGAGCGCGGCCCUUCGUCUGCAAAGUCUGCGGGAAGGGCUUCCGCCAAGCCAGCACGCUCUGCCGGCACAAAAUCAUCCACACGCAGGAGAAGCCCCACAAGUGCAACCAGUGCGGGAAAGCCUUCAACCGGAGCUCCACGCUCAACACGCACAUCCGGAUCCACGCCGGCUACAAACCUUUCGUGUGUGAGUUUUGCGGCAAAGGAUUCCACCAGAAAGGGAACUACAAAAACCACAAGCUGACCCACAGCGGGGAGAAGCAGUACAAGUGCACCAUCUGCAACAAGGCCUUCCACCAGAUCUACAACCUGACCUUCCACAUGCACACGCACAACGACAAGAAGCCCUUCACCUGCCUCACCUGUGGAAAGGGCUUCUGCAGGAACUUUGACUUGAAGAAACAUGUGCGGAAGCUCCAUGACCCCUCGGCUGCCCCCCUGUCCUCCACCAAGGAGCUCACCAGGACUGGGCCGCCCAGCUAAAAGAAGAUGAAUUGGGCAGCACUAGGUCCCAGUGGAGAAGGGCCUCCUCUCGCUUGAACCUCUGUGGCCACAUCUACACAAUGUGCACAUGCCUGGGUGGUACUUACAUGCACUGGAGAGGUCAACUGCAAGCUGGUUCCAGGAUCUGCAGUAUCUGGCUUCAGAGUUCCUCCUUGGGCUCAUCUACACUAACAUUAUCAUGCAGCUUGAAACCGGUUUUGCUGCGUGGGUGAUUAAGAUUGACAGGUCUGGAACUGGUUUGAGGUCAGGUGGGUGAUUAGGUCAGGUGGGUGACACAGGCACUAUAAUUCAGCUUGGAAUUGGUUCAAAAGAACCUGGUGAUUAGAUUGACAUGUCUGGAACUAGUUUGAGGGUGAUUACAUUGACCAUAGAACCUGACAUCAAACCACUUUGCAAGGGUUUCUCCCCCAUUUUUGGUAGAGAUGCGCAUCAGCGCACCAACUAACAGGGCCAGGUGUCUACAACGCAAUUUCACCUGGACCUGGGAUCCACUGCUGCAGUGCAUUAUUUGGCUGGUCAGAGUUUCCUGUGACUACUUUUAAUGUGCUGUAUACCUUUGAAUGUGUGCUGCAGCGCACAUUGGCAGCAUGUAUUGGGCUGACCUGUGGUUUUGAGUUGUUUCAAAAUCAAAUUAUAGUGUCAGUGUAGAUGAGGCCCUUUUCCCUUCAUUGGUUUUGCCAAGUGAUAUGGUUUAACUUUGUACCUACCUGCGCUAAUGCGCACCUAGCAACCUAAUUCAGAGUAUCCUAGGUGUGCCUAUUCUGGUUUAAGGCCUUGAAGUGCAUUCCUCCACUUGUAAGCCACCUUCACUCCACAUUAAGAGGUCAGUGUAGAUAUGCCCUCUAGUCAAUUAGUUCCACUGAAGCUGCUGAGACGAGGCCACUUUGGAUGUAGGAGGGUCCAUAGAGCCACGCACAUAUAUUACACAGAGAUAUUUAAAUAUAUAUAAAUAUAUAAAUAUAUGUAUAUAUGGCUAGUAAACUUAUUUAAAACUUUGGAUCUGAACUCUUGAUCCAGGACUCACUAGAGAGCUGGGCCCUGCUCCUUCUACAUAUGUAUAUAUGAUUGUAAAUUUAAAUUUUAAUGUACACUGGAAUAACUGAGGAAUAUAUCAUCUAUGAGGCAAUAAAAAGUCACUUAAUAGGA